AUGGCGGCAGCGACGGCUUCGGCGCCUCAACAGCUCUCGGAUGAGGAGCUUUUCUCUCAGCUCCGCCGUUACGGCCUAUCUCCUGGCCCAGUGACGGAGAGCACCCGCCCGGUCUACCUCAAGAAGCUGAAGAAGCUUCGAGAGGAAGAGCAGCAGCAGCACCGGUCCGGGGGCCGCAGCACCAAGACGCGGAACAGUAAUAACAAUAACACGGCAACCGCCACGGUCGCCGCCGCGGGAGCAGCGGCGGCGGCCGUGGGGAUGGGGGUCCGGCAGGUCUCAGGCGACCUCUCCUACUUACGGACUCCUGGAGGCUUGGGCCGGAUCUCGGCUUCUGGCCCGGAGAGCCCCUUGGGAGGGCCCGGGGGCGCCUCGGCCGCCCCCACGGCUGGCAGCAAAGUACUGCUGGGCUUCAGCUCGGACGAGUCGGACGUGGAGGCCAGUCCCCGGGACCAGGCCGGCGGCGGCGGGGGCAGCGGCGGCGGCGGGGGCGGCGGCGGGAGGAAAGACCGGGCUCCGCUCCAGUAUCGCGGGCUCAAACCGACGUCGGCGCCCCUGGCCUCCAGCGAGGUGACUAACAGCAACUCGGCCGAGCGGAGGAAGCCCCACUCGUGGUGGGGGGCCAGGAGGCCGGCGGCUGCCGAGCUGCAGAGCCCGUCGGGGAGAGAUGGGGCGGCGGACGACGGGGAGCAGGAGGGAGAGGACGGCGAGGAUAGGGACCCGGAGGCCGAGGAGCCGCUGUGGUCCGGCCGGACCGUGAAUGGCAGCCGGCUUCUCCCCUACAGCUGCCGGGAGAACUAUUCGGACUCGGAAGAAGAGGAGGACGACGACGUGGCCUCCAGCAGACAGGUAUUGAAGGACGACUCCCUUUCCCGGCAUCGGCCCAGGCGGGGCCAUAGUAAGCCUCUCUCUCCCCUGCCUGCGAAAUCGGCCGGCGGCCGACUGGAGACCUCAGUUCAGGGAGGGGGCGGAAUCAAGAUGAAUGACAGGGCGGCGGCCGCCGGGAGUCUAGACAGGAGCCGAAACGUCGAAGAGUCGUCGUCGUCGGCGGCGGCGGCGGCGGCGGCGGCGGAGCAGGGAGGAGGGUUUGAUCCCCCGGACUCCAGCCCCAUUCCUAGAUACCGCGUUAACGCUAAGAAACUGGCCCCUCUCCUGCAGCCACCGCUCGCGGACGUGGACUCAACCUUGGAUUCGUCCACAGGCUCCCUUCUUAAAACCAAUAAUCAUAUCGGCGGUGUGGCCUUCGGCGUGGACUCCCCCAGGAUUUUUCCCAACAGCCUCCCUCCCAGUGCGGCGGUGGCCGCCUCUAGUUCACUCAGGAUCAAUCACUCCAAUCAUACGGGCUCCAAUCAUACCUACCUGAAGAACACAUAUAACAAACCGAAGCUUUCCGAACCUGAGGAGGAACUUCUCCAGCAAUUUAAACGGGAGGAGGUGUCCCCAACUGGGGGUUUCAGUGCCCACUACUUGUCCAUGUUUCUCUUAACUGCUGCCUGCCUAUUUUUCCUCAUAUUGGGACUGACUUACCUAGGAAUGAGAGGGACAGGAGUCUCCGAGGAUGGAGGACUCAUAAAAAACCCCUUUGAUGAAACAUUUGGAAAAAUAAAAGAAAGUGAGAAAAAUCUUAUGAUGAACACUUUAUACAAGCUUCAUGAUCGAUUGGCACGGCUUGCAGGAGAUCAUGAAUGUGGCAGUUCUAGUCAGAGAACACUUUCUGUCCAAGAGGCAGCUGCAUAUUUGAAAGAUUUAGGUCCUGAAUAUGAAGGUAUAUUUAACAUCUCAUUGCAGUGGAUUUUUGAAAAUGGAAAAGAUGUUGGAAUAAGGUGUGUUGGUUAUGGCCCUGAGGAAGAAUUGACAAAUAUAGUUGAUGUACAGUUUUUACAAUCCACAAGACCACAGAUGUCCUUCUGGUGUCGUUUUCGACGUGCUUUUAUUACUGUCACCCACAGGUUAUUGUUGUUAUGCUUAGGUGUAGUGAUGGUUUGCGUUGUUCUGCGUUACAUGAAAUAUCGCUGGACAAAAGAGGAAGAAGAAACAAGGCAGAUGUAUGAUAUGGUGGUAAAGAUUAUAGAUGUUUUACGAAGUCAUAAUGAAGCUUGCCAGGAAAAUAAAGAUUUACAGCCUUACAUGCCUAUUCCCCAUGUGCGAAAUUCCUUAAUACAGCCUCACGACAGGAGAAAAAUGAAGAAAGUCUGGGAUAGAGCUGUUGACUUCCUUGCUGCUAACGAGUCUAGAGUUCGCACGGAAACACGAAGAAUAGGUGGUGCAGAUUUUCUAGUUUGGCGGUGGAUCCAGCCUUCUGCAUCCUGUGACAAAAUAUUAGUAAUACCUUCUAAAGUGUGGCAAGGUCAAGCAUUUCAUUUAGAUAGAAGAAAUUCACCACCAAAUAGUUUGACGCCUUGUCUAAAGAUUCGAAAUAUGUUUGAUCCAGUUAUGGAAAUAGGGGAUCAGUGGCAUUUGGCAAUUCAAGAAGCAAUUUUAGAAAAAUGCAGUGAUAAUGAUGGCAUUGUUCACAUUGCAGUAGACAAAAAUUCACGUGAGGGUUGUGUAUAUGUUAAAUGUCUGUCUCCAGAAUAUGCUGGGAAAGCUUUUAAGGCAUUGCACGGCUCUUGGUUUGAUGGGAAAUUGGUUACAGUAAAAUAUUUACGACUAGAUAGAUAUCACCAUCGCUUUCCCCAAGCUCUUACUUGCAACACUCCCUUGAAGCCAUCAAAUAAACAUAUGAACUCUAUGUCUCAUCUUCGUCUUCGGACUGGCCUAGCCAAUUCUCAAGGAGGUUCCUGA